AGAAUCCAUUCCAUUGUUGCAAGAGCUUGAAGCCCAUUUCAAUGGCGAACUCCGGCACCGACCUCGCCGGAGCUAUCAUCCUCUUCUUCUUCUUCGGCUCUGUAUCUUCGCGUUUCGUUGUUGAAAAGAACAACAUAAGAGUGUUGUCGCCGGAGCAUUUCAGAGCUCAGCAUGAUGGAGCUAUUGCUAACUUCGGAGUUCCCAAUUAUGGAGGCUCUAUGACUGGCGUCGUCGUCUACCCACCCAAAGCCUCCACUGGUUGUGAUCCUUUCGAUGGACCUCCGUUCAAGUCCAAGUCUCGCCGUCCUGUGAUUCUUCUCCUUGAUCGCGGAGAAUGUUUCUUUGCUUUAAAGGCAUGGAAUGGGCAGAAAGCUGGUGCAGCUGCAGUUCUUGUUGCUGAUAGUAUGGAUGAACCUCUUAUCACCAUGGACACCCCAUCGGAGACCGGUGACAGUGAGGAUUACGUCGAGAAGAUCACUAUACCGUCGGUUCUUGUUAAUCGAGCUUUCGGGGAAAGCUUGAAGAAAGCAUUGGCACAAGGUUCAGAUGAGGUUGUUGUCAAACUAGAUUGGAGAGAGUCCAUGCCUCAUCCUGAUGAGAGAGUUGAGUAUGAACUCUGGACGAAUAGCAACGACGAGUGCGGUACCCGUUGCGACGAGCAAAUGAACUUCAUUAAGAAUUUCAGAGGCCAUGCUCAGGUUCUUGAGAAGGGAGGAUACACACAGUUCACUCCUCACUACAUUACUUGGUAUUGUCCUGAGCCUUUUAGACUUAGUAAACAAUGCAAGUCUCAGUGUAUAAACCAUGGGAGGUAUUGUGCUCCAGACCCGGAGCAGGAUUUCGGUGAAGGGUAUGAUGGCAAGGAUGUUGUUUUUGAGAAUUUGAGGCAGCUCUGUGUGCACAGAGUUGCUAAUGAGAGUAAUAUUCCAUGGUUGUGGUGGGACUUUGUGACCGAUUUCCAUGUUCGAUGCUCGAUGAAGAAGAAGAGGUAUAGCAAGGAGUGUGCUGAGGAAGUUGUUCAAUCACUUGGCUUGCCACUUGAGAAGGUGAAAGAGUGCAUGGGUGAUCCUGAAGCUGAUGUUGAGAACAGGGUAUUAAAAUCAGAGCAAGAGCUCCAGGUUGGCCGAGGUUCUCGCGGAGAUGUAACCAUUUUGCCUACUUUAGUUAUAAACGAGAUCCAAUAUCGAGGUGUAUUGGAGAGGACUGCAGUUUUGAAGGCUGUAUGUGCAGGGUUUAAAGAAACUACUGAACCUUCUGUUUGCUUAAGCGGAGAUAUAGAAACAAAUCAGUGCCUACACAGGAAUGGUGGUUGUUGGCGGGAUGAGCAACUAAAUGCUACUGCUUGCAAGGAUACUUUCAGAGGUAGAGUAUGUGAAUGCCCUACAGUGAAUGGUGUUGAAUUUCAGGGAGAUGGCUAUUCAUCAUGCAAAGCUGUGGGACCUGGAAGGUGUGCCAUUAACAAUGGAGGUUGCUGGUCGGAGACCAAAAAUGGACAAACCUUUUCGGCGUGCUCAGACUUCGAAUUAAGUGGUUGCCGGUGCCCAUUUGGCUUCCGAGAAAAUGGAAACAAAUGCGAAGAUAUCAAUGAGUGCAAGGACGGACUUGCAUGUCAAUGCAAUGGCUGUACCUGUAAGAAUACAUGGGGUGGAUAUGACUGCAAAUGCAAGGGGAACCUUUUGUACAUCAAGGGAGAGGACACAUGUAUUGCCAAGGAUGCUUCUAAAUUUGGAUGGCUUAUGGCUAUCUUAGUAAUAUCUUGUGUGGUUGGUGCUGCUUUAGCAGGAUACAUAUUCUACAAAUAUAGACUCCGGUCUUACAUGGAUUCAGAAAUUAUGUCUAUCAUGUCUCAAUACAUGCCACUUGACAAUCAACACAAUGAGGCUCAACCUCUAAGACACGAUACGACAGCAUGAUUAGGACGAGUUUUGGAUGUAAAUUUGUUAGACAAAGUGCAUCAUUCAUCACGCAGACGUGAGGUAUCAUGAUCCGUGUACACUUAACACUAAACUGAUUUUUAUGUAUACUACAG